CCAUCUUUCUCGAUUCCGCAAAGAUGAAGUUCUCUACUAUUGCUACGCUCCUACCCGUGCUGGCCUCGGCCGCCAAAUUCUCCAAAGAGGAGUAUGUCAGCGGAAAAGUCCACAUGAAGCACAUGGAAGCCAAGGAGGCAUCCUGGGCCACCAAACGUGCUGCUGGCAAGUUCAUCUCCAAGAAGUGGAACGGCCACAAAGCGGCCAAAGUCCAAUGCAACAAAGAUGGUCUCGCCGUUGCCGUCAAGGGUGACCCGUUGCAGACUUUCAAGUGCAAGGGCAUCGACAUGUACGACUUCAAGUCGCAUGCGGAGAUGGGUAGUCCCACUGGUGAAGGCUCGGGUAGUUGGGGUUGGACAUAUAUGGGGAGAGAGUUCAUGGCCAUCGGACAGAGCGAUGGUGCGGCUUUUGUCGAGAUCAGUAAGUCCGGAUCGCUGGUCUACCUCGGCCGCCUGCCGCAACAAUCAACCCCCAUCAUCUGGCGAGAAAUCAAGGUCAACGGCAACUACUUGAUUGUCGGCUCCGAGGCCGUCGACCACGACAUUCAGAUCUUUGAUCUUCGCAAGCUCUUGACUAUCAACCCUCUUCAGCCUAAGACCUUUGACCCAAAGACAGACCUCACUGGCUUGUUCACCGACCUUCCUACCGGUCGCAGCCACAACGUUGUUGUCAACGAGGAGCUCAACUAUGCUGUAGCUGUUGGAGCUGCACCCAGGACCUCUGCUUGCGGUGGAGGUCUCAUCUUCAUUAACCUCGACGAUCCAUCCAAGCCCUACUCCGAAGGUUGCGCUCCUCAAGACGGCUACGUCCACGACGCCCAAUGCAUCGUCUACCGCGGUCCCGACACUCGCUACAACGGCAAGGACAUUUGCUACGGCUACAAUGAAGACACCCUGACCAUCUACGACGUAACCAACAAAACCGGUCCUCAAGCCGCAAAGGUCAUCUCCCGCACGCCUUACGUUGGAGCAACCUAUACGCACCAAGGCUGGGUCAACGAUCCAAUGUGGCAGACCCGCCUGAUCUUGGAUGACGAGAUCGACGAGGAAGAACGCUCCGGUCCGGCGGCUGAUCAAUUCCCUGUGAGCUACAUCUUCGACAUCACCGACUUGGAGAAGCCGGUCAACACGGGUUUCUACAAGACGAAAGUCAAGGGUAUCGAUCACAACCAGUACAUCUACGACGGUCUUGCUUACCAGUCGAACUACGGAGCUGGUCUUCGUGUCUUGGAUGUGAGCACUAUCGAGGAGGAUUCGACUGGUGCUGGCAUUGAGGAAGUGGCAUUCUUUGAUGUGUAUCCCGAGGAUGAUGCGCUGCCAGGUGGCGGAAUCGUGGACUAUGUCGGAACGUGGAGUCAUUACACCUUUCCAAGUGGAUGGAUCGUCGUGAACACGAUUGAGCGCGGAGCAUUCUUGCUGAAGAUGAACGGUUUCAAGGGCCGUGGCUUCGGGAAGAGGCAUAUCAAGAGGACAUAG